GCCUAUAUUUUGCAGCUAACGUUACUGACAAGGACAUUUUUCUGUAUAAAACAGCAACAUUUUGACCACACCCCUUUUUUGCUCACCUCCACACUAAGAGCCAACCAGCGUUCAUCUUCGUUCUAUCGACCAAUCAGCGCUCUGCCGGACGACAACACGGCACUUUUCCUUCAACCACUAGUGCGUUGUGUUGAUGUGACGCAACGACUAUCAGCUGGUUUUGUUUUGCUCUACAUCUCUUUGCUCCGCUUGAAGUCGUAAACGUACAAACCUUGCGUUUCAAUCCAUUUAUGUGACAUAAAGGGAUAAUUUAAGUGCCGGAGUGUAUUUGCCCUCCUCUGUGUUCGGACGAUCCAAUUUUUCUUAGGUAGGUCUUCGGUUUGCCACCAUCUUUCCGAGAGGUCCAACCGAUCCCAGGCCUCCGAUCCAGGGCGGAGGGAGGGAAGGAGGUCGUUGGGAAUUGGGAUGGAGACCGAAGAGGGAGCCGACGGUCCUGGCGGCCCGGGGUUGUGCUGCGCCUCCUUCAAUCAAGACUCCACCAGAAACUCCAGAUGUGUAUAUCGUGGAAAGGCUUUUCUCCAGCAGCCUGGUGGUGGUGGUGAGUCAGUCCAUGCCACGUCGAAUGAAUGUCUACCACUUCAAAAAGGGCACAGAAAUUUGCAACUACAGCUACUCGAACAACAUUCUCGCAGUGCGCCUCAACAGACAGAGACUGGUUGUCUGUCUGGAGGAGUCCAUUUAUAUCCACAAUAUAAAGGACAUGAAACUUCUUAAGACCCUUCUCAACACACCAUCCAACCCAUCAGGUCUGUGUGCUCUCUCCAUCAACCAUUCGAACUCUUUCCUGGCAUACCCGGGCAGUGACGCCAUCGGCGAAAUUAUUGUCUACGACGCCAACAAUCUGAGCACUGUGACAAUGAUUCCAGCUCAUGACAGUCCACUGGCUGCCAUCACCUUCAAUGCUUCCGGCACUAAACUGGCCAGUGCUUCUGAAAGGGGCACUGUGAUACGAGUGUUCUCUAUUCCAGAGGGUCUGCGUUUGUUUGAGUUUCGGCGGGGCAUGAAAAGGUAUGUCAACAUCAGCUCCCUUUCCUUCAGCCCGGAUGCUCAGUUUCUCUGUGCCUCAAGCAAUACAGAGACGGUGCACAUUUUCAAGCUUGAACAGCACAGCCCAAGCGGGGAGGAGGACACUCCCACUUGGUCAACAUAUGUAGGUAAGAUGUUCACAGCAGCCAGUAGCUACCUCCCUGCACAGGUGUCAGGCAUGAUGAGUCAAGACCGAGCCUUCGCAACCGUCCGUCUCCAGAUGGCCGGUCAGAAGAAUGUCUGUGCCCUGGCAACAAUCCAGAAGCUUCCACGAUUGCUUGUGUCCUCCUCUGAUGGGCAGCUAUUCAUCUAUAACAUUGAUCCUCAAGAUGGGGGCGAGUGCACUUUGGUGCAGAAGCACAGGUUGUUUGGAUCAGAUAAGGAGCACGAAGACACUGAAUCUGAAAUCUCAGAGGCACCACAAGCAUGCCAGUCUUACGCUGCCACUGUGGCCAUUCCCACCUCUGGACCCGUCACGGCCACUCUCACAGGUUACUCAGAGGAUGGUGGAGCUAAAAAGGGUGAGGUGAUUCCUGAACACGAGUUUGCUGUGGGGCCUGUGUGCCUGGAUGACGAAAAUGAAUUUCCUCCCAUAAAUUGGUGCCGUGACGGAUCUGGGAGAGGCAAAGGGAGACGACCAUGAGAAGGUUAGAGAUCAGGUGGAGUCCACAGCUGUCACAGGAGGAUCCUCAGUGCAUGAUCAAGGAGUAACAAAACAAUAAUAAAAAAACACUUCAGGGUGCUAAUUUAUUAACGGAACGGUUAAAAUGCUAAUAUCUUAAUUUUAGUUGAUCAGGGAUUUGGGUCGUUGUCACUCAAACCCCUGAGGGGUGUGUUAUAAAUAAGGUGCAUGACUGAAAUGUAACCACAUAUUGUUAUAGUUACGUAAGACAUAUUGUAUCAAGUCGUAAUACUGUAGCAUUUUAUCCUUUUACAUUUUAACACCAUCAUAAUGAAUCAUGAGACGAGAGGAAUUACUUUUAUAUACAGUAUUUGUUUUGCUGUAUUGAAACUUAAUAUGUUUACAUGUUACCAUCCUGAACAAUACAGCGGGAUGUUUUGUAUGUAUGUGCCUAUGAUAUUACUUGUAAGAGUGCAGAGUAUUUUGCUGGAUUGCUCAAGACCAAAAGAUAAAAAAAAACAUGAAUAUGUAGGAAAUAUAUUAGGAAUGAAAUUAUGCAAAGCAUCUCAUGUCUCCUGUGGUCUUCUUCUUAUCAGGUUAUAUUGGAAAGGAGUUAACACUUUGCAGAACCAAAAUAACCAAAAGUAGAGUUUAGAGUUAAAGUUCUAGUUGACCUUGUAAUACGCUUACAAAAGUAUACUUCAAGUACAUUUUAAGUUUAUUUUUGUAGUAAGUACACUGAUAUCAGUGCUUUAAAAUUUCUUGGGACUAAACUGGCACACUUAAUAUUUCAUAAAAGUAUACCCUUAUAUAUGUUAAGUGUAACAGCUAGUAAACUACCACGCUUAAAUCAACUUUUUUGUAAAGGAAAGCAAGCCUUUGUUUAGUAGAUAUAUUUUUUGGCUUAAGAUUCUAUCCUUAAAGUUAUAUUAAAAUUAAAGUUUGUCUGAACUGAGAAAU